AAACAUGAAUUCGCCGAAGUGUGGUGGUUCUUUCUUCUCAGAUAGUUUUUCGAGUUUCGAGUAGUCGUGGGAUUUGAGAUACAUAAGAGUAAACAUAAAUUACUUGGUAAAUUUAAAUCGAAUUAAAAUGUCUAUUAUAAUACCAACUAAAGCUGCCCUUGCCUUGAAAAAUGCUCAAAGUAAUUUCCAGUUUGUAAAAUUCGAAUCGCACAAACCAAAAAAGAAAGACUUAGAUGCUAAAAUAACAGAUUCAAAAAAUGAGGAUAAUCAAUUCUCGAAAAAGGAUGUAGAUCUUAAAAAAAUUCGCCAUGAAGUUGUUAAGUUUGGAAUGUCUGGAUUUGAUGCCACCAAGAAAGAGGAAGCCAAAAUUGCAUUGGCAGUGAGUCUAGGUGCCAAACCACCCAAAAGAGAGUAUCUCAAUUACAAAGAUUUGAUGAAAAAGAGGAAAGAAGAAAAACAAAAAGCACAGGAGCAGAAGCAGCAGAUGAUGUCUAAAAGUGUUUUACAGGGUGUGACUAAGAAGAAAAAUAAAAUAAACAAAAACAAUGAUGUAGGACACUUCCUCAGUAGCUAUGGAAAGGUCCAAAAGAAGGAUUUGAUGAAGAAUGACAACAGCAAUCCUAAAAAGAGUAAAAAGAAGAAGAAGUUAAUAUAAGCGAUUCUUUAGUUUUAGGUAAUAAAUAUUUUAUUUAAUUU